AUGACAAAGCCCUGCACGCUCUGCUCCACACCUCGCUCCAUCCUGGUCCGCUGCCAAAUCGACGAAACGCACCAAUGGCACUUUUUGUGCCCCGGUGCAUGCUGGAAGUCAGUAUCUGGCGGCGUAGAAGAUGCGCGGGGCUUGGAAGAUGAACACCCCUAUUAUCGCUACGGCGGAAUGUGGAAAGACAGAAGUGCAGAUGGGCCGGUCAGUGCGAAGAAGCCGAGGAAGGUCAAGAAGAGACAAAGGGAGGAGGCGAGGGAUAGAGAGGAG